AUGGCAACGUCCUCUUUGAGUGACAGCGGGGAGUGUCCUGUGUUCUCUCACUGUUCUCUCCCAGGCUCAGGGAUUCCCGAGUUGAAGACAAUUCUAAGAGGCGUGGUACUCAAAGAGUAUCUGACCCUCAAAGCCUUUGUCGCCAAGGUGGUUGGGCUGACUGCAGGACUGGGCAGCAGCAUGCUGUUGGGGAAAGAGGGUCCGUUUGUCCACAUUGCCAGUAUCUUUACCGUCGUUCUCAGCAAAAUCAUGUCAAUCUUCUCAGGGGUGUACGAGCACCCUUACUGCUACACUAACAUUCUGAUGGUGGGCUGUGCUGUGGGAGUGGGCUGCUGUUUCGGGACUCCCCCUGGGAGGCAAGUCAGUGUCUUGUUCAGUAUCGAGGUCAGGUCCAAGUACUUCGCUGUCAGAAAUUACUGGCGUGGUUUCUUUGCUGCUACAUUUAGUGCCUUCAUAUUUCGGGUUCUGGCUGUCUGGAACAGAGACACAGUAACAAUCACUGCCCUUUUCCAAACAAACUUCCGAAUGGAUUUCCCCUUUGACCUCCAACAAUUGCCUGCGUUUGCCAUCAUUGGGAUAUUGUGUGGGUUCCUUGGUGCCUUCUUUGUGUACCUGAAUCGGCAGGUGGUUGUCUUCAUGCGAAGACAAACGAUGUUAACAGACUUCCUGACAAGACAUCGGCUUAUCUACCCAGGGGUCGUGACCUUUGUCAUUGCAACCUUGACCUUUCCGUCUGGGUUUGGAUAGUUCAUGGCUGGAGAGCUGAUGCCUCGUGAGUCGAUAAACUCCCUCUUCGAUAACCACACCUGGACAAAGCACGACGGCUCCACACAUGUCCUGCGGAGAUCGGCUGUCUAGAUGCACCCCAAAAUCAGUUUCUUCCUCAUCUUGCUCCUUUUCUUCGUCAUGAAGUUUUGGAUGUCAGUCAUUUCCACCACCAUGCCUGUCCCUUGUGGAGCAUUCAUGCCAGUCUUCAUACUGGGAGCUGCAUUUGGUCAUCUUGUUGUUGAGAUCAUGGCCACUCUCUUUCCCAAUGGGAUUCUCUUCGAUGGGAUUGUAUACCGGAUUCUCCCUGGAGGUUACGCAGUCAUUGGUCAGUCACCCUGUUCUUCUGCAUUAACCUCUUACGCCCCCCUGUUCCGCGGGAGGAACAUCGUGUGGUACUGA